AUGGCAGGUCAUUCACAUAGAUCGUCUAUAAAGAAUGGACACAAGUCUUUCAAAGCAAAACAUGCUUCUAAAGGUGCUUUGAAGAGAUUAUACAAGGGGAAAGUGGAAAAAGAACCCAUAGGAACUGGCAAACCAGACAAGCAGGUAUCUAAACUGCAACGUAGAAACAAGGCGAAACAAUUAAGGGCCCAGAAAAUCUUGGAUUCCAUUGAAAACAGAAAACUAUUCGAAGGUAAGAAUGGUGCUGCCAAAAUCAUUGCCAUUAUCCCGCUGGUGAGCGAUUUGGACCCAUUGGACAUCCUUUACAAGCUAUUAAAGUCAGCAGACGACGAAGAAAUCAUGAUACAAGAGCUGCAGUCAAAGCGUAUAUUCAACGUCCAUAUCAAGAAAUUCAAAAGCAAUCUUAAAAUUAUCAUUCCAGACAUGCUCAAUUUCUUGAAUAUUCUAGAUUGUGCCAAAGUGGCUGAUUUCGUCAUGUUCGGGCUGAGUGGGGUGAACGAAGUCAAUGGAGAAUUUGGUGAACAAAUUAUACGUGCUUUAGAACUGCAAGGUAUCGCGUCAUAUAUCGGUGUUAUAAGUAACCUUUCAGCGGUCCAUGAAAAGGAAAAAUUUCAACUGGACGUAAAGCAAUCUUUGGAAAGCUAUUUUAAGCAUUUUUUUCCCAGUGAAGAACGCAUUUAUAACUUGGAAAAGAAUUCAGACUCGUUAAACGUCUUAAGAACAUUAUGUCAAAAACUACCAAGGUCAAUCAAUUGGAGAGAUAACAGAGGUUACGUCGUUGCCGACCUUGUUGACUUCGUUGAAACUUCUCCCGACUCCGGUGAAUUAGUUGUUGAAGGUACCGUCCGUGGUAUUGGGAUCAAUGCUAACAGACUAGUUCAUAUUCCUGAUUUUGGUGACUUUCAAAUCAGUAAGAUAGAAAAAAUUAGUGAAUCUUUGCAAAGGAGGAAGAACGCUGGCGACAAAAUCACCGAUAAUCUGGGCUUGGACCUGAGUUUACAAACAGUUUUUGAAAGCGAUAUAAACAAAGACAAUUUGGAUGAGUAUGCUCCGGAAGGCGUGGAAGAUUGGUCGGAUUAUGGGGAAGAUUUCGAGUAUGAAGAUUUGACAACAGCAAGAUACGACGACCACGGAUUCUUACCAGGUAGGGACCAAACAUCCAAAAAGGCGGUUGUUCCCAAUGGCACUUCCGAUUACCAGGCUAAAUGGUAUUUGGAUGAUGUUAUUGAAGUAAAUGACGAUGAAGAAGAUGGACAGGCCAUUGAACAAGAAGAAGCAAUGAUGGAAAUUGAUGAUGAGAUGACGAUGAUGGACCAAGGAAAUGAAGAGAUGGUAGACGACGAGAGAUUCGAGAUGGAAGACAGUGAGGGAUUUGAAGAACUCUCACCUGAGGAAGAGGAACGUCAAUUGAGAGAAUUUAGAGAUAUGGAAAAGGAAGACAAGGAAUUCCCCGAUGAAAUUGAACUCGAACCAAGUGUAUCUGCUGUCGAACGUUUGAAAAGAUACAGAGGCUUGAAGAACCUAUACAAUUGUAACUGGCAAAUUGACGAAAAGGAUCCAACAUCGCCGCCUGAAUGGAAACGUCUACUAAGGGUUGGUAAUUACAAAAACACUAAAAACAGAAUCAUUAAAGAGGCCAAGAACGAAGCACAAGGCAUUGCAGGUGAUCGUAUUAGAAUGUUUAUCAAGUUCCCUAAAUUUCUGUUAGAGAGGGUGAAAGACCCCAAAAAACUACUAUUUACUGUUUACGGGUUAUUACUGCAUGAACACAAAAAUGCAGUGGUCAACUUCUCGCUGCAAAGGUGGGAAGAAUACGACAACCCUGUCCCCUCUAAGGAUCCUAUCGUGGUGCAGUACGGUGCCAGAAGAUAUACCAUUCAGCCACUAUUCUCCCAGGAUUCCAACAGUCCCAACAACGUUCACAAGUAUGAAAGAUUUCUACACCCAGAUACAGUAUCGAUUGCUACAUGUAUCGCGCCUGUAGAUUUCACGCAAUCGCCUGCAAUUUUCUUCAGGUCAUCAUCAACAGAUGCCAAAAAAAUUGAAUUGAUUGGCCACGGUACAUUCUUAAAUGCAGAUCAUUCAAGAAUCUUGGCUAAGAGAGCCAUUUUGACAGGCCAUCCAUUUAGGUUUCACAAAACCGUGGUCACUGUACGUUAUAUGUUUUUCAGACCAGAAGAUGUGGAGUGGUUCAAGUCCAUACCGUUAUUUACCAAAUCUGGUAGAUCCGGUUUUAUCAAAGAAAGUCUGGGUACGCAUGGUUAUUUCAAAGCCACGUUCGACGGUAAACUAUCUGCACAAGAUGUUGUUGCUAUGUCCUUGUAUAAACGUAUGUGGCCAAUGCCUUCAUUACCUUGGAAUGGUAUGUGA